UCUGAUUUGACAGUGAAAGUCAAAUUUGUGUUUGUGUUGUUUAUUAAUCAAAACAAGACGAAAGGCAAAAAUGCAUAUUUCUACGUGGCAAACAAAUUCCCUUUGCGCAAUUAUUUUAAUAAUAUUUUUAAAAAUUGUAGCAACACAAAUUGUUUCACAAGAAGUGCCCAAACCAUGGUAUGAAAAUCUACCGGCUGUGGCCAUGGACUACAAGGUCCACAUAGAUGCCGGAAAAGAAGAUUGCUACCAUCAAUAUGUACAGCCUGGAGCAACAUUUUAUGUUUCAUUCAGCGUUGUUCGUGGUGGUGAUGGUAUGGCUGGUUUUGCCGUUCGUAAUCCAGCCGGUCAAAUUGUAAAGCCCUAUCAAUGGCAAGCUACAGCUGACUACACCGAUCAAGUAUCUCCUGGCGGUUACUACUCUGUGUGUAUUGAUAAUCAAUUUUCACGUUUUGCUGGCAAACUUGUGAACAUUUACAUUACGGUGGUCAAAUAUGAUGCCUGGGAUAAGUACGCCAAGGAAAUUGAAGAAUUGCAGCUUAAUAUGGAAAACUUUACGACAACCAUUGGCACCGUAGAACGCAACAUCAACGAUAUGUUGGCCUAUCAAUAUCACAGUAGAAAUCGUGAGGCACGUGAUUAUGCCCUAGUAAUUGAUAAUAAUUCUUACAUACAGACAUUUUCGAUUUGUCAAAUUGUUGUUAUUAUUAUUACCUGUUCUGUGCAAGUGUUCUUUGUUCGUAAAUUGUUUAGUGUAAAGGAAGGUUCCCGUAGCCGUAUUUAAUGAUAAAAUCA